GGAGCCCUCACAGGCAGGGCCCAGGGCCCGCCGGGCUCAGCAGCGCGCGGUCUACCCCUGACCCCCCCCCGAGGGCCGCGGGGCAUCUUCACCCUCACCAGCUUCCCGGGGGGGGGUGAAUGGCUGCCGGUGUCUCCCCAUGUGACUCAUCGGAAGCAGGCACCUCCCCCGCGAAAUCCAGGGAAUAUCUUGAAAAUAUAACAGCAGUUGGUCCCAGGACAGUUGGAAGUCCAGAAAAUGAAAUUCUCACAGUUAACUACCUCUUAGAACAAAUUAAGGCAAUUGAAAGCAAAAGCAGUGAUGCACACAAGAUUUCUGUAGAUAUACAGAGGCCAACAGGCUCCUUCAGCAUUGACUUCUUAGGUGGCUUUACCAGUUACUAUGCAAACAUAACUAAUGUUGUGGUUAAGUUGGAGCCCAGAAGUGGAGCUAAGCAUGCCGUGCUAUCCAAUUGUCACUUUGACUCUGUACCAAAUACCCCAGGUGCCAGUGAUGAUGCUGUUAGUUGCUCAGUGAUGCUUGAAAUACUGAACACUCUCUCAAAGUCAUCUGAUCCCUUGCAACAUGCUGUCAUAUUCCUUUUCAAUGGCGCAGAAGAAAAUAUCUUGCAGGCUAGUCAUGGCUUCAUUACACAACACCGCUGGGCCAAGUCGAUUAGAGCAUUUAUUAACCUGGAAGCAGCAGGUGUAGGAGGGAAAGAGCUUGUGUUUCAAACAGGGCCUGAAAAUCCUUGGUUGGUACAAGCAUAUGUCUUUGCAGCCAAGCAUCCCUUUGCCUCUGUGGUGGCACAGGAAGUGUUUCAGAGUGGAAUUAUCCCUGCAGAUACAGACUUCCGUAUCUACAGGGACUUCGGGAAUAUUCCAGGAAUAGACUUGGCUUUCAUUGAAAAUGGCUACAUUUACCAUACAAAAUAUGACACACCAGACAGAAUUCUAACGGAUUCAAUUCAGAGAGCAGGUGACAAUAUUUUAGGAAUGCUAAAAUACUUAGCAACAUCAGAUAAAUUGGCCAAAUCUUUUGACUAUCGGCAUGGAAAUGUGGUCUUCUUUGAUGUGUUUGGUCUGUUUGUCCUGGCCUACCCUGCUCGUGUUGGCACCAUCAUGAACUAUAUAAUAACUGCAGUCACUGUCCUUUAUCUAGGAAAAAAAAUAUUACAGCCCAGAAACAGGGCUAUUAACUACAUGAAGGAGCUCUCCGUUGCAUUUAGCUUCACACUGUUGAGUUGGUUCUCCACAUUAGUGACUGUCCUUAUUGUGGCAGUGUUCAUCUCUCUCAUCGGACGAUCUCUUUCUUGGUAUAACCACUUCUAUGUCUCCAUCUUCUUGUAUGGAACUGCAGCUGCGGCUAAACUAAUCCUCGUGCACACGUUAGCCAAAAAGUUCUAUUAUAAGAAUAGAAAUGAGCAGUUCCUGGGGGAGAUGUUCUUUGAUGUCUCACUUCUUGUUUGGUCUAUUGCAUUGGUUCUAAUCACUCAACUAGGCCUUUGCUCAGCAUUCAUCUGUGCAAUGUGGGUAGCGUUUCCUUUACUCACAAAGCUAUUGACCUAUAGAGAAUUCAAACAAAAAGGUGCCACAAUAAGAUUUGUCAUAAUUUACAUGCUGGGAAUGUUUAUUCCAUACCUCUAUAUAAUGUACCUCACAUGGACAAUAUUUGAACUGUUCAUUCCCAUCAUGGGUCGAAGUGGUACAGAAAUUCCACCUGAUAUAGUGCUGGCAGCCUUUAUCCUUAGCAGCACUGUAAUUCUAUCUUCCUAUUUUCUUAACUUCAUCUAUCUUGCCAAAAGUACAAAGAAGACACUGAUAACUUUAACUACAGUGUUUGGAGUUACACUAAUUCUUGUUUGCAGUGGAGUAUUCUUCCCAUACAGUUCUGAUUCUGCUAAUCCAAAGCCUAAGCGAGUCUUUCUCCAGCACGUGAGCAGAAGAUUUUAUGGCCUACAUGGAAACUUGGUAAAAAGUGACUCUGGAAUAUGGAUUAAUGGGUUGGACUAUGCUGGAAUAUCUCACAUCACUCCUCAUAUACCUGAACUCAAUGACACUAUCAAAACUAAUUGUGAGGACAAGGCCCCUCUCUGUGGCUUUCCUUGGAUUCUUCCUGUGCACUUUCUUCUCAGAAAGAACUGGUAUCUUCCUGCUGCAGAAAUUUCUCCCACAAACCCUGUUCACUUUAAACUUCUGGCCAAAGAGCAAAUGCCCUGGGAUUCUACAAAGUUAACCUUUGAAGUAUCAGGUCCCAGUCACAUGUCGCUGUACAUUCGACCUCAUGAAGGGUCAACACUGUCCAGCUGGUCUCUUGGAGAUGGAACUCCUGUUGCUAAUAUAGGAGGGGAUUAUUUUGUGUUUUACGCUCAUGGACUGCAGGCUGUGGCAUGGCGCUUCUGGAUCGAGUUGAAGCUCUUCUCUUCCAAUUUAUUACCAUCAUUCCUGAAUUGUGGACAUGGCUGCACCAGUGCUAAUGAGGUAAUACAAGGUUCCUACUCCUGCCUGUAGAUCCACGGAUUGCAUAAGAUUUUUUUGGCUACGGCAGUGUUCAUGUUCAUCUGAUUAUCCACAAAACUCUUGAGUCACUGCAUCCCAGGAUCAAGUCCCCCAUUGUGUAAGUAUAAGCUUACAUUUGCCCUGUAAGCUAGGUCCAAACACUUGAGAUAAUUAGUAAAUCGUGACAAUGGGUCAGAGAUACCAAAGCCCCAAACUGUCAGUAAUUGUUUUCUUCUAGUUCAUUGAUCAAUAUCAAGCCAAGAACCUAUUCCUGCUGUACCUUACUAGAUAAACAUGUUUAAGGCCUGUGCACUACUGUUGCAGCUCUCUGUCCCAGGAUAAGGUAGAUGAGACUGUAUCUUUUAUUGGACCAACUUCUGUUGGUGAGAGGAAACCUUUACACAGAACUCUCCAUUAGUUUAAUAAUAUGCCAUGUUCAUUGGGUAUCCAUUCUAAAGCUCAGAUUUGUAAAGCUAUCGAGGCAGGAGUCUAAAUUCCAUGGUCAUCUGAUGGAAUUCAGACUGACUGCUUUAAUAGCUUUUGAAAGUUAAGAUUUAGGCUCCUAAAUCAGUUAGGCAUAGCAAUGCUUAAAUAGCUUUAAAACUCUGGGCCUUAAAAGUGAUGUAGUACUACAUCACAUGCCUUAGAGAAGUCUACAUGUAUACUCAGCAAGAGGAAGUUGAGCUGGCCAGCCAGUACCAACAAUUUUGGACAAAAUUAAGGGCUAGAAGUGGGUCCUUCACUAAUGGUAUCUUGUAGAGGGAAGUAUUAAAUGCUAUUUUAAUUACAUUAAGAUCUAAUUCAUUUUGCCUUUCCCCAGCUAAAUAUAGCAUUAACCAAGAAUACUGUAAGUUUUUAGUAUUGCUUUUACUAACAGGACAGCUAACUUUUUAAACACUCCUGUCCACAGGUAAUUUGCUGAAACAAACACAAACAGCAACAACUAGGACAUUGGUUAAGAAAUAAAUGUAGUAUAAGGGAAAAAACCCAUGUAUGCUCUAUUCCAAAAAGAGUAGUGUCCAGGUUGACUUAAGAUGCUUUGCAUUAGUGAGAUCACUACAGAUGACUCUUGCAAGGCAAUUUCUUCUAUAUCUGUUCAAACUACACAUAAAACAGCAGUGCUGGAAUGUAAAUAAGAUCAAAACUUUAAGAGGCUUAUGGCAGUGAUUCUCAACCAGGGGUACCUCAACUCAAAUAGAUAUUUGCCUAGAUUUAAAAGUACUAGCAAAAAAGUCAGUACAAUGAGUUGUUUAUACACCUCUACCUCAAUAUAACGCUGUCCUCAGGAGCAAAAAAAUCUUACCGCGUUAUACUGAACUUGCUUUGAUCCACUGGAGUGCACAGCCCUGCUUUACUGUGUUAUAUCAGGGUAGAAGUGUAUUACUCUAUAUAUUUACACUGAGAUGUAAAUUGAGGGAUAGCCAGAGACACUGAAAUUUAAGUACAGUAUUUUAUAAUUGUAUGGUAAAUGAGAAUGUAAACAAUUUUUCAGUAAUAACUCAUUUUUUUCUGAGGUGUAAUUUGGGGGUAUACAAGACAGACUGCUGAAUGGUUGAGUCACUGGCUGAUGGUGAAGGAACAUUUGCAGCACAAAGUUCUAAUAGCAGUAGCUGUCAUUUUCCUACAGUAGGAAAAGUCUUGCAAGCUCACUUCAGGUGGGGGCAGAUCUAUCUUGACUCCUGGAAUAAAUCUAACUUUUUCAGAAGUGACUGUUCAUACUUUUUUCCCCCAUCCAUUAGUGCAGCACUCAAUUUACCAUGCACAAAUAAAUUGUCAGUUAUUAAAAGUGAAAAAAAUAAAGUCCAAAUAGUACACAAAUGACAAAGUCAGACUUUUACUUAUAGCAUUUAAAACCCAAACUAAGUUCUUAAGGCCUGCUUUCAUUUGAUUUUUCUUGUCUAGCCAUCUUCACAAAAUUAAUUUUUUCUAUACCAAGUUUAAGUUAACUAUUCUUUUAACCCAGUAAUAGAUUUAAAAGUCAGUUCACCAAAAGCUUAAUACAACUGUUUCAUUGUUCAAGUCCCCUAAUUUGGAUGGAAGAAUAUACUUCAGAUAACUGACAUUAGUAUGCUUUAUUUACUAGGCAGGAUCUGUCCCCCAUAGCUAUACUACUGUAGAUUAAGUUAAUCAAAACAGGAUUUGAAGUUUUGCUGCAUGUAAGACAAUCAAUAAAAUUACACCUACAGCAGACACCAUUAAACUCUCCUUAAAACAUAAAUAAGCAAGUGCAACCAGCCACUUAUUUCACCCUUGUGAAUAUUCUUCACACUUAAGACAGGUCAGGUUUUAUUUUCAGAAUCUGAAUGGGAAUAACAGCAGUGGGAGACUAUGCUGUAACUACCACAUUGUAAAAAAUCAAUACAAUGAUGUUAUAAAAAUAAGCUAGUGGGAUUUUGUAUAAAAUAAGCAAUGUUGCAUUAUUUUGUUCAGAUUGCACAGUACAAACAAGCCAAUAUCUAAAUUAAUACUGUUACAGGUAUUUAAUAUUACAUAUAUUGGGAGACAGCAGCUAGGAAAAUAAGCACCUCAAAGCAGCUAUGAGACUUCUGCAGCCAGCUUUUCAGAACAGUGUCCGAAAGUUAAAAUAAAAUCUUAUAUUUAAUUACAGGUAUACACAUUAUAAAAUGUUGAAAAAAAGUAAGUAUGCACUGCUUACAUAUUAAAUUUUAGUAACAGUACAUAAGUGAUUCUAUUUAUAUAAAAAAAUCCAUUCUUGUGAAAGGAAUUUACACAUGAAAUAAAUAAACGUUCAGUAAUCUUAAAAUUAAUUGUAGGUCAGAGUGGCCAAGUGUAAAAACCAAGCCACUUUUAAAAUGUUACUCUAAUGAUAGGGCAGAGUAAAAGUAUGCCACAUCCAGAAGGAAGUGCAACUCUGCUUUAAUUUUACCAAUUAGUUAUAACCAUGCAAAAUACACAGGUACCUUCAAAUAUGGUACAACUCCAAGAGCAUGAACAGCACACCCUUGAGAAUAUUUAUACAAGAAUAUUCACAAAAACAUACACUUUACAAUUCUUUAAUACAAAAUAUUUAGUGAUAUCAAAUAGCAUAAUCUAUUAAACACUUAGAUCCCAGUUGACUCAGGCCAUAACUUUCUAACUAGCUUCGUCUUACAAUUCAUAUUUUUAA